AUGCUUCCAGAUGUCUCGUGUCCCUACUGUGCCAAUGGUAGAGAAGAUACUAUACAUAUUUUUAAGAACUGUGGAGCUGUUAGCAUGUUUUGGCAUUUUGGGCCAUUGAAGUUGAUUCCUGAAGUGCACCCUCCUAAUUCAGUCGUUGAUUGGAUCAAUGAAAUAUUCGAUCAGCUUCAUGGUGAGCAUCUUGAGCUGUUUGUCAUGUCUUUGUGGGUUGUGUGGUGUGAAAGAAAUAAUCUAAUUUGGAAGGGUGGUUGCUUUAUCCCCGUGACCAUGACAAAGUGGGUUAGUGCUUUCUUUGAGGAGUAUAAGCAGUAUCAUGCACGCACUUACAUGAAGGCUAAACACCCCAUCACAAAAUGGAAGUCUCCACCGAGUGGUAGACUGAAAGUGAAUAUUGAUGGCAGCUUUCGAGCAGUAGUGGUGGCAUUGGAGUUAUUGUCCGAAAUGAACAAGGAGUUUGCAUGGCUGCAUUGGCUAGGCCUUUUCCUGUCAUUCAAUCUUCCAUUCAAGCUGAGGUAG